CUUCUUUCUCUCUGCACACACAGAUGACAGUUCCCCUAUCUCUCAGAGCCAGUGUCUGUAUUUCAAAUAGGGACUUGUUUGUAUUGAAUGCAGUUAGUUGUUUGUUGUGAUUAUGCUCAUUUUGACAACCUGUUUUUAGCCUAGAGUUUUUACUUUUUUCAUAUUUAAAAAUGCUAGCGUUGAGCCUUAGUUGUUUGCUCUUUUGUUCUGUCGUCUUUCAUUUAUUUAUUGUUUUGGUUAACUCUUGCUCCGUGGUUCAUGGUCUAUGGUAAUAUUCAGACAGAGAGAGGGGGAGUGAGAGUGAGAGAUCAAGAGAGCUGUAAGCCACAGUGACUGGUUUUCGGGUUUUAAGUUUUGACAGCCACAGUUGAACGCCAGUGCUCGUCCCAGCCUGUAGAGUCACAUAGUACCUCUGGGCGUACUGUGUGGAGGAGAGAGACUACAGGGUGCCCAAUGGGACAAGCAGGGGUUUAAUUUCCCCUGUGGAUCAAGAGGGACAAAAGAGGACACCGGAGGACAGGACUUGGCACCAUGAUUCGCAAAGAUUCAAAAAGUUAAGAAAAUAGAGAGGGAGACGAAAGUGGAGAAAAGGGGGAAUUGGAUCGGGAAAGGUCAUUUUAAAGUAAGAGAGUGAACUGCAGGAAAAAGAAGGCAGAGACAAGGAAAUAGAAAUAGUGGUAGGAAGUCCCGUCAGGAGGGGGGAUGUGUGAUAAAGAACAGAAGACCGGUGCAGAGGAGGAUGACAUGCCCCAGCCCGCAGGAGAUCAGUCAGGCUCUACAGAGUCCACCGGCUCACCCAUCAUUCCGCGCUGCCAGCCUGGACGAGCUCAUCCUCCGCUGCCUCCACUGCUUUGACACAGAUGGAAAGCUGACCAAAGGAACACAGCUUGUUCACAUGACCAUGAUGAUGCAUAACUGGGUUGUACCAUCAAACAUCUUCGCCCAUAAGCUGCUUUCUUUAUAUAAGGAUUGUCCAGCAGAGAAGAGGGCACAAAGGCGCCCACAAAUCUGCCAAUUCAUCAGGCAGUGGAUUAGUCAGUUUCGGCUGAUGUUUGAGGCAGACCCUCUAUUAGAAAAAGUGAUGGGAGAUCUUUGGGAUCUGGUCAGAGUUGAGGGGAAUGACUCGCACUAUCAGCUCUUCAACACACCUUACAUUAAUCCUCCAGUGAAUGUUUCCCAGACUCCCUCUCCCUCAGUGAAGAAAAGGAAAGUUUCCCUGCUGUUUGACCACAUGGAACCAGACGAAAUGGCUAAACAUCUCAGCUACUUGGAGUUCAAAAACUUUUGUAACGUCUCAUUCCUGGACUACCGCAGUUACGUGGUACAUGGCUCAGUGAGGGACAAUCCAGCCCUCGAGCGUUCCGUCAUGCUCUGCAAUGGAGUCUCCCAAUGGGUCCAGCUCAUGAUUCUCAACAGACACACCCCACAGCAGCGAGCAGAGGUCUUCACCAAGUUUAUACAUGUAGCACAGAAGCUGAGAGCCCUGCAGAAUUUCAAUACUCUGAUGGCUGUGAUUGGAGGGCUGUGUCAUAGCUCUAUCUCUCGUCUCAAAGAUACAGCCAGCCUGCUUUCCUCUGAUGUCACAAAGACUCUCAGUGAACUCACAGACCUGCUGUCAUCCUACAGCAACUAUUCAAACUACAGGCGGGUGUACAGCGAGUGCACUGGAUUCAAGGUGCCUAUCUUGGGUGUUCAUCUCAAAGAUCUCAUCUCCCUCAAUGAGGCUCUGCCAGACUACCUGGAUGACGAUAAGAUCAACCUGGGAAAACUGCAGCAUUUAUACAGCAACAUUAACGACUUGUUGGCCAUCCAUGACUUCACCCCACCGUUUGAGGCCAACAAAGACCUUCUGCACCUGCUAACGCUUUCGCUAGACUUGUGUUACACAGAGGAUGAGAUAUAUGAGCUCUCCUAUGCCAAGGAGCCCAAGAACCCCAAAAUUCAGCCUGUAGCUCCCGUGAAGCCCCCUGUGAUAGCAGAAUGGGGAUCGGGAGUGACUCCUCGCUUGGAUCCUGCUACCAUCUCUAAACACGUUAAACAGAUGGUUGAUUCCAUCAUGAAGAACUACGAUUUGAACAUGGAUGGCUUCAUCUCACUAGAGGACUUUGAGAAGAUUGCUGCAAAUUUUCCUUUCUCUUUCUGCACACAUGAGAGUGAUAGAGAAGGAGAGAUCAGCAGAGAGGAAAUAACUUCCUAUUUCAUGCGUGGGAUGUCAGUGUGUGCUAAGCUUGGCUUCAACCUCCACAACCUGCAUAAUUUCCAUGAGAUCACAUACAAAAGGCCCACAUUCUGUGACACCUGUGGAGGAUUUUUAUGGGGAGUGAUAAAGCAAGGCUACCACUGCAGAGACUGUGGAGUGAACUGUCAUAAGCACUGUAAGGAUGUGGUGGGAAUGGAGUGUAUGAAGAGGUUCCAGGUGACCAGUAGCUCUUGUCCCUGCACACCAGGUCCUGGACCAAGCCUCCACACUAAGGGAAACAGCUGGAGUUCUGAGGAGGAAGCGUUUGUCUUCCCUAAUGGAAAUGGAUCUGAACACUCCAAGGGCCAAACCUCGUCGGACAGCGACGCAGAGGCGGCUACGUUAUCCGACACAUCCACUCAGACAGACCCAGCAGUGUGGACACCAGUGGCAAAACGAAAAGACCGUCUUAAUUCUCAGAAACAACAUCCACCCCUUGAAAAGAGCGCCACUCUACCAGCAAGGGUGCGAGGUACCUCUGCCUCUAGUUCUCUCCUACAUGAGAAAAUGGAUGAACUGAAGCUGAACAAAGAUAAAAGAAGAGAACCAGAUUGAAGUUGUUGUUAAUGUGGAGAUGUGUUUGUGUUUGUGGUCUCACCGUAAAAACAGACAGAUAUUACCACUGUAUUUCAAUGUUUCUCUGUAACGAUAAAGGAACUGUUUUACACUGGACAAACCAGACUCAAGAACAUGUCCUCAUAUUCCUCGCAAAUUGUCUUGUGCUAUUGUCUUCAACAGAUUGUUCAUGACGUUCAUUAAAUGUGAUGAAAUUCUACCCAGAAGGACUAAUGCAAGGAAUUUUAUUAAAGGAAUUACAGAGGGCCCACUCCCUCAGGGCUCUUUUAAAUCCCUAAUGGAACUUUAUGGUAAGAGCUCUCUUUGCACCAGCAUCAACUGCCAAUGAGGACCACAUCAAUGGACCUCACAUUUCCACAGGUACCCAAAGGUGGACUGUCUGCUAAAUCAUUCAUCUCACUACCAAUCAUCUUUGUAAAAGACUAAUGGACUUUCUUGAAUUUUGCCAUUAAGAGGUGCUUUCUGCUAGAACUGUUUGAGUGCAAAACUGUGUCGUCGUAAUAUUUACACUGGUGGAAAAUAUACACUGUAAUCAAUUGAACAACACAAUUUAAACUUGAACUGCAAGAAUGUAUCUCCUCUGUGAAGGGUUGUGUGAUUUUGGUGCUGAUAUAAUACUCACAAUGCAUCACUGUGCCUUAUGCAAUGAACAAUUCACUUAGAGGAGACAAAGGGUAUUAUAUCACUGGUUAUAUCAGACAAUAGACCUGUCCCAAUUCAAAAUGAUCACAUUCUGUUUCAUUAGUGCUCAAUUUUGUGAGUGGAAUAGAUGAAACCAAGAUCAUGAUUGACUGCACUCAUCCAGCGCAUUCGAGCAUCAGCACUAAUUAAUGAGAGGAGAAUGAGGUUAGGGUUGAUGAAAACCUAUUCAUAUGAACAUUGUGGACCUAUUUUAAGUUGUUUUUCUGAUGUAUUGUCUCUUAGAUCUUAUCAUCUUCAACUUGAAUGUCUGUUUUACUAAAUCUUGCAUUUAGGCUAUAGGUUUUUAUUUAUUGAGAAAUGAUAAAUCUGAAUUAUUUUCCUUAAUAAAGCACUGCCUGAUGUGAUUGAAAAAUAAAAGUGAAAAAUUAUGGUGUUUUUUUUUUUUUUCAUCCCAGAAGAAUCAGUGUUGGUUCAAUUAAAUUCCAAGAGUUUGACACAUCGUGAUAUGUAUCUGGCUCUAACAGCACUAUUGUCCACUUCAAAUAAUCUGCAGAGGCAUAGUGAUGUUUUGUGAUUAAAUUCUCAAACCAAACAUGGAUUGGAUAGACUUGGACAAACAAUAUUCACAAACACCAAAUAAAACAACUAAAAUAUAGGCAAUACUGUGUGUGCCAGUAUAAUGAACAUUCUUAAAGGAAUAUUUCGGGUUCAAUACAAGUUAAGCUCAAUCAACAGCAUGUGUGGCAUAAUGUUGAUUACCACUGUAACAGUAUAAGGACGGGCAAGGAGGAGGCAGGAACCGGCUGAAAAGUAAACAUAAACUUUAAUGGUAAACUUAAAACCAACAUAGACAAACAUGUGCGUCUCUCUCUCUCUCUCCGGCGUCUCCGGCCACCCCUUUAUCUCGCUUUCCUGCUGAUCAUCUGAUUCAGAGCUGGCUGUGCUCCAUCACGCCCCGGCCACGCCCUCCUCAUCACACUCCUCCCCUGCCCGAUUCAGGCCGGGGCGCCACUGGUCUGACUAACUACCCCCCCCCCAUCUCUGGGGGGAGAGACGCUGCUCUUCCGGCCGUUCUGUCAGCCAGUGGCCCACCCCACCUCCUGUAGAGACGAGUGGAGGUGUGGGGAGAGGGAAAGGGUGAGCGGAGACACAGAGAGAGAGAGAGGAGAGAGAGAAGAACUUGCUCGCCGACUCCCAGACACGCUGUCGCCCGGUCCUCAACCACUCCCCUGCCCUCUGGCGGACGUCAGCUCGCGCCUCCCCCGGCGGACAGCAGCGAGUCCUCCAGCCCCUGGCGAACAGAACCGCUCCUCCCCUUAUCAGCAGACGGCUGUGGCUGCUCCCCUGGUGGAUGGCAGCGGCGAGGGUUCCGUGACAGUGCAUCCCUCCUCCCUCCCAGGUUUUGGCACCACUGUAACAGUAUAAGGACGGGAAAGGAGGAGGCGGGAACCAGCUGAACAGUAAACAUAUACUUUAAUGGUAAACUUAAAACCAACAUAAACUUGCAGCGUGGCCGCAUGUGUCUCUCUCUCUCUCCGGCGUCUCUAGCCACCCCUUUAUCUCGCUCUCCCGCUGAUCAGCUGACUCAGCGACGGCCCAGCCACACCCUCCUCCUCAUCACAACCACAUAAAAUACCAUCCUUUUCUUUAAAAAAAGCAAAAAUUGAAGUUACAGUGAAGCAUUUACAAAGGAAGUGAAUGGGGGCAAUGUUUUGAGGGUUUAACCCUCAGGGGUCGACGGACGCGCCAGUGCGUCCUGCUGGAUUUUUUUCCUCAUAAUAGCGGAAACAACUUAAAAUACUCCAUCAAUUUUGGGCAUACAGAUAAGUGUAAGACAUCAUUAGAGACUAUAAAGGGUCUACUUUUAUUUGUGUACACUCACAAUAACAACAAAACCUUUUGUUUUUGUAAAAUAAAGAAAAUAAACAGGGUACGCUUUCAGCUGUCUCUGUCUCCACGAGCAUCUUUCUGAAACACGUCACAAAAAUGAACUGAAACUCCACAAAUACUUACCAGACAAACAUGAAACAUUUGUCUAAAGAAAGCUUAAAACGUCUACUUUUAAAUAAAACAAUUCAAAUUUAAAACAAAUAUUCUCCUGCAAUGUAAUCUGUAUGAAACAAAGCGAUGUACAGUUUCUCCUGGCUCAGCUAAUUAUCGCUAAUGUGAUCCCACCCACCAGCAGAGCACGCUAUUCAUACGGUAAUGUGCUGAAGCGAUCAAUUCAAAUGGUAAAUCACAAUAUUCAUGAUCAUUCACGCCUCCUCGCAUAUGGCCUUUCUAACACUAAAAGUGUCUUACAAAAGUUAAAUGACUAUAUUGUUUAGUAUGUGUUAUAUGGCCUUAUUUCAGUGACUUAAAAUGUUAGUUUUUUCAAAAUCCACACAUAAACAUUAUUUUCUCAAAAAUUCAAACAUGUACAUACAUGUUGCUCACAUAUUAUUGUAGCCCAGUUCGUGCUGAAUACAGUGUUAUAUACAGCAACUGAAACAAGCACAAAUGUCAAGGCAUGGCAGAACUUCUCCAGGGCUCAAACCACCCUCAGACCCCAGUGGGUUAAAGGCAGAAAUAUGAAGCUUAUACAUUAUAAAAGCUCUUACAUUCAUUUUUCUGUUAAAACUUUUUAUGUAAAAAUAAAAAUGUAUUAUUUAAGCUGUAAAGUUGUGUCAAUCACAAUUUUUACAGUCGUUUUAGGGUUUGUUGACAUUACAUCAUCAUGGCAAUGAGGUUUUAAAAUUGGUUAUAACUUUACACAGAAAAGGUUAGUAAGCGAUUUUAUCACACUAAAAUUAUGUUAACAUGCAUAUUGUUUACGUCUUGUGGCUAUACUUUUGAAACAGUAUGUAUUUUAACGUUUAUGGAUUGGCCCCAUUCAUUUCCAUUGUAAGUGCCUCACUGUGGCACAGAUUUUUGCUUUUUUUAAAGAAAGUCAAAAUUUAUUUUUUGUUAAUAAAUAUUAUGCCACAAAUGCUGUAGAUUGAGCUUAACUUGUAAUGAACCCGGAAUAUCCCUUUAAAAUCCACUAAAAUGUUAUUAAAGAAGAAUAAAACAUUUCAAAUGUUAACAAAAAAAAUUCUCUUUAUCCUAUUGUUUGU